UUAGGAAAAUAUAAAAGGCCAUUGCACCCUAUUUCUCUUCCUCUUCUCAGCUUCUCGCCUUCUCCCCAUCAUCCAUUUUUCACCUACUUUCCUCUCCCUCAAAUGAUUUUUCCCGCAGUUUAAGGAUCUUUUUCCCAUUUUUAUCCCUCAUAAAUUUCAUACAUCACUAACUAAUUCCCCUUCAACUUCUAACUGUCACAAUUCUUGAAUAUCAAUUCCGCACCCUACCCUUUUUUCUCUCCAAUUUUCUUCAUUUUUUCUUAAUCAAACAUGCACUCUUCUUCCAAUUUUAAACACCUCUCACUUCCAUUGACAAUUUCAUGUGUUCCCACAAAGUCAAGUCCUCAAUUCAAUCCCAAAAUACAUCUCUUGAAGAAACCAUCUUCUUUCUUGACGAUUUCAUUGACACCCACAAAGCCAAAUCCUCAAAUCUGUAGUAAAAAUCCAAUAUUUUUCAGUUCAAGUUCAAGAACUAAAAGACUUGGCCUUUCCUCCAUUUCUUGCUUGAUUAUGGAAGAAGCAUCAUUAGAUGAGAGGUUAAGCGUUGUUGACAAGGUUAAGUGUUUAUCUUUGGAAUUUAGGUCUUUAUCAGAACCAAUUGAUAGAGUGAAAAGAUUGUUACACUAUGCAAGUAUUCUCCCUCCUUUAUGUGAGUCAGCUAAGGUUCAAGGAAAUAGAGUUUUGGGGUGUACAACACAGGUGUGGUUAGAGGUGAGGAUGGAUAGUAGAGGUUCUAUGAAGUUUACUGUAGAUAGUGAUUCGGAAAUUACUAAAGGGUUUUGUUCUUGUUUGAUGUGGGUGCUUGAUGGGGCAGAACCAGAGGAAAUUCUCAGUGUUACGGCAGAGGAUUUAGCAGAUAUGAAUGUUGGGCUGCCUAAAAAAGGUCGUUCAAGAGUUAAUACUUGGCAUAAUGUGUUGUUCAGUAUGCAGAACAGGACUCAAGAUUGUAUUCAAGAGAGAAAGAGAGCUUUGUCUUUGGAUGAUCUUCAUUCUUUAGUCAUUAGACCUCAUGCACAUAGUGGUGGGCCUAGUGGCGAUGGAAGUUAUGUGGAAUCUGAGGUGCCUAUGUGUUUGGAACUGCGACAACUACUCUUUAAUCCCAACAACUCGAGGUCAGCUAUCCAAUAUGUGUUAUUUGGAACUGCUUCUCCACUUUGAUUUGAAGAAAAAAGGGAUGUUAGGUUGCAAGGCCAAAAUUAGUCCAAUAGAGGAAACUCACCAAAAAGAACUCAGGUGUAUUGGUUUGGACCAGAACUUGUGAUUAACUCAACAUUCUGAUUCACAUACAUUUUACUAUAGUUUAAGAAAGGUUCUAUUAGAAAUUUCUAUUAAAAUGCUUUGCAGGUGAGGUGAUAAAGAACUAAUGUGUAAAAACGCUUGAACGGAAGUAUCAAUUUGACCUCACUAUUUAUUAGAUAACUGAGCUGGUAUGUAAUGUUCCCGGUUAGAAAUCUUUUGGAGUAGUUGUCAUUCAUACAAUGAUUUCAAAUUCAGAUUCCAGUUUAUUAAAAUCUCUACGUAGAAAAUGUGUUUCCGCUUAUGUUUGCCUUUAAAUUAUUAUGAUUUGCUGCAUUUUCCUUGUCGUUUAGUAGUUGAAGCAGGAUUAACUGGUGGGAAAAGAAAUAUCUUUUUCUUGGAUCUGUUUCAACUUUCAAGUUAAGCAUCACCAUUUAUCUUGAGCUGCAUCACGGUAUGAGAUUCUGCAUCAACUGCUUUUCAGUAUAUGACUUUUGUCAUUUGAACUUGGGGAUAUGUUGUGAAUGGACCUGGAUCAUUACUGGCAAAGCAGGCCAACACUGGAUUAAGUAGCUAUGUUUGGGAUCCGUGUUGAUAAAUAACGACUAAUGGGAGAAAAAUAGGCUUAAGCAAACUGUUGAGUAAAUGUCUGAUUCCUCUCAUCACCAUUAUAGUCUAAGCUUGUCAUCCCCAUUCUUAUCUCCAUCCUUUAGUUACUUGUAAUUUCAAUAUUUCCAUUGUAAUUCAGUAAUUUGAGUGUUAAGCAAUCGAUAUUCUAAAGCUGUAAUCAUGUUCAACUCUUAUUAAUACAGUGAGGAGUUUGGGUUUGUUACAGGAUAUAA